UGUCUAACCAUAUGUGUUGGAUAUUUAGUGCUGCUGAUACGGAGAUUUGAUUUCCCAGGCAUUAAUAACUGAUCGUCUGGAGGUUGUUAUUUCAAACUCUGACCUCUGACCUCUUAAACGAUGAGUAAGCUUGAGAUACCGGCCGGUUUAAAGGAGCUCUUACAGGGAUACACUGUGGAGGUGCUUCGCCGCAGGCCGUCCAACCUGGUCGAAUUUGCCGUGCGACAUUUUACACAAGUUCUGGAAAAUCAAAGAAAUGACCAACGAGGCAAGAACUGCGGUGCAAAAGCUGCGAGAAAGGGAGUCACGUUUGACAAGUCCACAGAGGAUGAAGAGGAGGAGGACGAGGACGAGGAGGAAGACACUGUUAUGUCCAUCACGGCUAAAUACCGUCGCAGAGUUUCAGUGUGUGCAGAGGCGUACAAUCCUGACGAAGACGAGGAUGACGGUGAUGAUGAUAAAGCAGAGACUCGGGUGGUGCAUCCCAAAACAGACGAGCAGCGUCACAGACUUCAGGACGCGUGCAGAGACAUUUUACUGUUUAAAACACUGGAGAGGGAGCAGUUCUCCGAGGUUUUGGACGCCAUGUUCGAAGUGCUGGUCAAAGCUCAGGAGCACAUCAUAGAUCAAGGAGACGACGGAGACAAUUUCUAUGUCGUGGAGAAAGGUGUGUAUGAUAUUUUUGUACAGAAGGACGGAGCAGACGUGUGUGUUGGUAAGUACGACAACAAGGGGAGUUUUGGUGAGCUGGCUCUCAUGUACAACACGCCGCGAGCUGCGACCAUCGUUGCAACACAGGAGGGCGCUCUGUGGGGCCUGGAUCGAGCCACAUUUCACAGACUGAUUGUGAAAAACAACGCCAAGAAAAGGCGGACGUACGAGGUCUUUGUUGAAAGUGUUCCGCUCCUGAAGUCUCUCGAGCUCUCUGAAAGAAUGAAGAUCGUCGAUGUUCUGGGAGCGCGAGCGUUCAAAGAUGGAGAGUGUGUAAUAACACAGGGGGACACGGCCGACUGUUUCUACAUCGUGGAAUCAGGAGAAGUGAGGAUAACGAUAAAAGGCAAAGUAAGCACAGAGGGGGAGGAGGGGGAGGAGGUGGAGGUGGCUCGCUGCUCCAGAGGACAAUACUUCGGGGAACUUGCACUGGUCACCAACAAACCUCGAGCUGCAUCUGUGUACGCUGUGGGACAAACCAAAUGUCUAGUGAUUGACGUCCGGGCUUUUGAGCGUCUGCUGGGCCCCUGCAUGGACAUCAUGAAGAGGAACUUCUCUCAGUACCAAGACCAGCUGGUGGCGCUGUUUGGCUCCAGUGUGGACUCUUGAAACACUAGGACACAAAAAACUUAGCAUUUCAGUCAAAUAUAACAAACAGUAUUAUUCUAUCACAUGAUUCUCUUCCCUGUUCAGUUAAACAGCGUCACAGACAUCAGUUUUAUAAAUGUUCUGUUCCUGUAAUUUGAUAUUUAUCAGUAGAAUACUUCCUGGUUCAUUUGGUACUUCUUUUAAACUCAGCUGGUGUUUCUUCUGUUUUUUUUAUGUACUCAGCGUAAAUAAGUACACCCCCUUUGAAAAGUACCAUUUUAAACAAUAUCUGAAUGAACACAAAAAUGUUGAAUAUAUAUAAGUUUAAUAUAACAUCUGUUAAACUUAUAACAUGAAAGUAAGGUCAAUAACAUAACUUAGAUUACGCAUUUUUCAGUUUUACGAUGCAAAAAUGAGUACACCCCACAACAAAAACUACUAAAUCUAGUACUUUGUAUGGCCUCCAUGAUUUUUAAUGACAGCACCAAGUCUUCUCGGCAUGGAAUGAACAUGUUGGAAACAUUUUGUUACAUCAAUCUUUUUCCAUUCUUCAAGAAUGAUCUCUUUUAGACACUGGAUGCUGGAUGGAGCGGGA